AUGGCUGCAAACAGCAGCUUUCUUGGUGGUGUACAUGGCCUGUUUCUUGUAUGGGUUGCUCUAAGGGACCUUGGAAACAGGCCUUUCAAAUGUAUGUUCAUGUCUCUGACCUUGCACUAUCCCCGAAGUAGGCUCCAAACAGGCAUUCAAGGUGCCUUUGGAAAGCCCCAGGGCAUUGUGGCCAGGGUUCACAUUGGCCAAGUUAAGUCCAUCUGCACCAAGCUGCAGAACAAGGAGCAUGUGAUUGAGGCGCCAUGCAGGGCCAAGUUCAAGUUCCCUGGCCGCCAGAAGAUCCACAUCUCCAAGAAGUGGGGCUUUACCAAGUUCAAUGUGGAUGAAUGUGAAGACAUGGUGGCUGAGAAGCAGCUCAUCCCAGAUGGCUGCAGGGUCAAGUACAUCCCCAAUCAUGACCCUCUGGACAAGUGGCAGGUCCGGCACUGGUGA